CUUCAGCUUCUGCCCCACGCCAUGGCAGCUCUUCUGAGGAGCCUGCUCGCUGCUUCCGAGAAGGCUGCCAAUAUUGCCCAGUUGUGUCGCCAGGAGGAGGCGCUCUUCAGCUUGCUCAUUGAGGAGAAGAGAGGAGCAGACAAAAACAAAAAAUUCCUGCAAGAUUUCAAGACCUUGGCAGAUGUGCUGAUCCAAGAGGUCAUCAAGCAUGACGUGGGCAAGGAGUUUCCAGAGUUACAAGGUUAUAUUCGCGGUGAGGAGUCCAACAAGUUUGAAAACGGUCUGGGAGAGACUGUGGUGGUGCAGGUCUGUCCCACCCAACCGGAAACAGCCACUUUGCUGCAGAAAGUCCUGGAUCGGAACCAGACAGCCGCAGAACUGCUGGCAGCUGCUGUUCACCAGGAGGUGGUGCUUUCUGACCCAGCACUGGAUGAUGUGACUGUAACCAUCUCCACCGAGCGCAUGGGUGUGUGGAUCGACCCCAUAGAUUCCACCAAUCAGUACAUCCGUGGUCGUGGAGACGUGAUGCCUGUAAAUGGCGUCUACCCAUCAGGACUGCACUCGGCAUUGGUGCUAAUAGGGGUCUACAACCGGCACUCAGGCGAACCUGUUCUAGGCAUUAUCAAUGAGCCAUUUUUCCAAGAACAGAUGCCAGACCGUAGGUGGAAGAGCAGAUAUCACUGGGGCAUCUCCUAUGAAGACACCAACCUGAGCUCGCUAAGCCGGCCCCUGCCUCAGGCCGUCCCUCGUGUGGUAUUGAGCAGCAAUGAGAGAGCCGUGCUGCAGAAGGCCCUGGCACCUCUGUAUGGUGAGCAGCUGUGCUUUGCCUCAGGUGCCGGGUACAAAAUGCUGUGUGUGGCCCUGGGCUUUGUGGAUGCCUACGUGCUCUCAGAGGGCACCACCUUCAAAUGGGAUUCAUGUGGCCCCCACGCCAUCCUUCGGGCCCUUGGUGGGGGCAUUGCUAAUCUUGCAGGGGCGUUGCGUGCUUGGCGCACCGGCCAGCGCAACUUGCUGCCCGAACUGACCUACAACCAGCCAGUAGAGGGCGCCAUGGGUGCUGAUCGCUGGGCCAACAGUGGCGGUAUUGUAGCCUAUAUUCACCACGACCAUCUCAAGGCUGUCAUAGCCACCGUGGCAGCGGCAGGUGAUGUUUGAGUUCCUCCUCCAUGUGGAUGUGGCUUGGCGGGGACAUUCACAUCUGCAUGAGGGGAGGGAGCCAGACCAGACUGCUGGGCAGGGACUGUAUGGCUUGGACUUACCUACAUAAUUGCGGGACCAAUCAGUUGUAGAUGGAUAGAACCUGCCAGCGUGGGGCUGAGUUGUGACUUCCAACGUAGGCAUUUGGCCUUUCAUUGCUGAGUCAAUAAAGGUUUCACUUCCGGCACAGUGCAGAUGGAAGGAGGUUAACAUUUCCCCCAUCCUUGUUGGUAUUUUGCGUCCUGCUUCAACUGCCAGGAGGGAAAGAUGCCCUGUCUCUUUAACGGAGGCUUAAUGUUACGUUGUUAAACAGAUGACGUUGUUUACCUUCAUGCCAUGAAAAGAUUAAGGUGCCCGGUUCCACACAUUAAGCCUUCAUUAAAGGGACAGGACAUUUUUUUCUCCAGGCCUGCUGGCAACCCUGCCUGGGACUUUUCAGUGACUUCCGCUGCAUUUCCUGUAACCUCCCCUGUCUCUUACAUCCUGUACGGAGUCCUGGGCCUGUCGCCUGACAACCUGAUUUUGCUGCAUAGCCGUACUUUCUGUGGUGCGUCUGCUCACUUCUUCUAACAUAGGGUGGGGACCAUUUAGCUUGAUCUGUGAGAGACUGGAAGACUGAAGGUCCUGUUCCGUGGUGAGAUAAGAAAUUGGGGCUUGGAUCCAACAAAGCGUUUCCACAUUUGGACAGUUCCUGCCCACUGAUGGUGACUUUCUCCCCCUCUCUCCCAAGACUGCUGCAGAUUAACAUUGCCUCUUGAAAAGCCAUGCCUUGGGGACAGGGGACCCCCAAAUGAAAGCAGCUCACCAGCAAUGUAGUGAUGUUCUCAUGAAGAUCACCCACCCCACAACCAGGACUGCCAGGUCUCUUUGGUGGGAGACCUCCCACCCUCUCACCAAUUCCCAGAAUACUUUGAGGGAAGCUAUGACAGAGGAACUGAAUAAAGUAUGUAGCAUGGACAUGUUCUAGGGAUACUUUCCUACAAUUUGUAGCCGUGUAUCAAAUUGCAGCUCAUCUAUUUCUGAUGAUUAUGCACAAAAUUGGUAUCCGGGACAGAUUCCCACUGAUGUCUGUAGUCUAUAUUUAGCUUUCUAGUUCUUACGGAAAUACAGUUGAAAACAUGCAGAUGGCGACAGCAACAUAAUCCAGAGAGAGGGAAAGGGAUAUAGCCAUACUCGCUCUAUUGCCUUACUGCUACCCAUUCUUCUUGAUAUUAUUAACAUUUUAUUCUUUUUGUAAAAAAAAAUAUCACAAAUUGAACCAAAAACACACACGUAUUUGCAUCAGAAUAAGAACAUUACAUUUCUACUUUAAGCAAGCGUAACUUACUCUGAGGGCAAAAUGUGAGGUUUUUUAGCACAGUAUGUGAUUUUUUUUCAUUUUAUAUGGUAAAUAUUAUGAUCGUCACAACCAGCAUUUUAACAGCAAAAAUCUGUAUAUGAUAAAAUUGCAAAGAAUACUCUUGGAUUUUAUUUUUUGUUAAAGUCAAUGUAUCUGGACUUCUAAGUGCAAUGUAAUAUUCUGGUAAUUAAUAAACAAUCUAUUUAAGAGAG